AAAAAUAUAAGAAGAUAAAUGAAAGAAGAAUUAAAUGCGAAUAAUAAUGACAGAUAGAGUGUAAAAAAGAAAUAUUAAAAGAAGUUGGCGCUGUAGUAGCUUAGGAAUAGUGGGCAGUACAGUAGGGAUUUAAGCCUAGACAGGAUGUAUAUGAGUUACGUGUGUUCAGAAAUUUUUAGACACGAUUUUAACUGAUUUGAGUUAACUAUCGAUAAGGUAGCGAUUUGUCAAUACUCAGACCUUAAUAACGCGAAUUUAUACACUUGGCUGCUGUCAGCUGCAAUCAUUAAUAAGACUAAUAAUACGACGAUGAUAAUUAAUAAUACAUCGACAUUAAUAUUCGACUGAGAUAGCAUUAUUAAAAACUUGGUUCAAGCAGAAAAUGACAGAAAGCUUGAUAAAUGAAUGGUUGGCAGAUUGUGGAGAUAUAUCACCAUCUAAACUUCAUACCUUUGCUAAUACAUUAUCACAAGAUAAUGAGAUAGUUAGAGCACUUUACGUAUUGCUCGAAGAGCGUAGCAAAUAUAGCCAGCUUGUAGAUACGGUUUGUAAUCAACUAUUUGAUUUCUAUCGUUCUCAAGAGAUAGAACUCAGAAGAUUUACUUUGCAAUUUUUACCUACGCUGAUAUUUAUUUAUUUAAAUUCUGCUGCACAUGGCGAUAUCAAGAAUUGCCGUACAGUUGAAACUCUUCUAAUUGGAUUAUAUAAUCUUGAAGUAGUGGAUAAAUCUGGACAACAAAAGGCAGUUUCUUUUCGAUUACCAUCUCUCGCUAUGUUAUCUAUAUAUCACGAGCCUGCAAGUUUGACACCAGCAUCCUUAACCGAAAGUGCAGUACGUCGUUUCGAAGAAUGCAAUACAAAACUUGUUAGUUGGGGCCCUUUACGUCAAGUAGAAACACUGAAUGCUCAAAAUAGAUUGAAAGUGAUGACCGCUCUACUUUUUAUUUACAACCAACAACUGGGUUAUAUAAAUAAGUUUGCUUUGGAGCAAUUGUGCAAAGUUGCAACAAAGCUUGUUACUCAAGGUUUUACAAAACCUGGACACCAUCAACGAUCUUCAUAUGGCAGCGAAUCUAGUUUUGUUCCAAGACUUUUACCACGCAUACCAGUUUCAACUCAAUUUCUUCUUGAAUUUCUUCAAGCGGUAUAUUUUGCAAUGUACAAUGAUUGUUGGUAUAUAGCAAGUCAAGCUGUGGAGGAUAUACACAACAGAGCGUGUUAUGAAAUGUAUCCUGAUGUAAUGUUGGUUACAAAUGCCAUACGAAAUUCAGCUAAUUCUGGACCAUCUGGUCAAUCGAGUGAUGGAUCAAUUGGUAUUUGUGUUGCAUUGUCUUCUGUAACUGCAACUCCAACAAUAUCCAAAUCUAUGAUUACAAAUGCAUCUUUCCGCACUAAAAAAUUACCAGAUGAUCUGGAUGAAAAAUUGUUUGCGGAUGAGUUACACAGUACUGAAGUUGAGAAGCAUCAACAACCAACAUCGUCUGGAAGUAAUAAACGUCGUAGUUGGCUUUGGAAGCAUGCUUUUUCCAAUUCUCUCGAUGAGGAUGAUAUUGGCAAAACUCAUUCUUCCACCUCUCUGGAAAGUUCCAGACGAGGGAGCACGUGCAGCAAUCAAAACUCACCAAACAGAUCACCUUAUAAAAAGAAUAAAGAAAACCAACGAAAAGUUGUUGGUGAUAAUAGUAUUGAAGAUGGUAUUAUAAAACAAAGACAAUGGAAAGAUACAACAGAAAUAUACGAUUCGGUUUAUAAUGAAAAUAGAUUAAAUACCAGUACACAUUUAUAUAGUGUAUUAGAAGAACAAGCUUUAGGAGAGGCUAUUCAAGAAUCAUCGGAAAGUUUGUAUACAGGAAGCAGUACAACAACAGGCACUUUUGCUACUACCAUUGCAUUAUCAACAAAUACAUGGUAUUCAAUAUAAAGUCGUUGCAAUCUAGGAUCACUUAAUCUUUGCCAAAGUUCUUCACCAAUCACGCGAUUACAAUAUUUGAUUUAAUACGAGCACUAUUAACCACUUCUAUGAUCAAUAACUUAUGCAAUUAUAUAUAUAUAGAUUAUGACUAUUUCAGAAAUAUUAUCCCACCAUCAAGUGAUGUGGAAUACAAGUACAUACAAAGCACAUAUUAUGUGUGCCCAAAAAACUGCAUGCAUAAUGCAAUAUAUAUUUAGUUUAAUGCACCUAAACCAUUUGGUAUAUAUAUACAUAGAUUAAAACUACACAAA